AUGUAUCGGCAAAUCCUAAUACAUCCCGAAGAUCAGUCAUACCAGCUGAUGUUGUGGCGAUUUGCUCCAUCUGAGCCCAUGCAAACCUAUCAGCUUCGCACGGUCACUUAUGGAACAACUUCAGCCCCAUAUCAAGCACAAAGGGUUAUCUACCAGUUAGUGGAGGAUGAAGGCUCCAAUUUCCCCCUCGCGGUUCCAGCCUUACGAAAUGACCGUUACGUGGACGACAUAAUGUCGGGCGCAGAUACGAUCCAGGACGCUCUCGAAAAAAGGAAUCAAACCGCGGACUGUCUAGCGCGGGGCGGAUUUCUUCUCCGAAAACGGGCCAGUAAUGACCCUGAAAUCCUCACUGGAGUCGAUCCUGCCAAUCAUGGAUUUGUGCUCGAACGUCCAUUUGACCUUGACUCGAAAUUGAAGGUGCUAGAGCUGUGCUGGAAUCCCGCACGAGAUGAAUUUAAAAUUCACGUUUCUUUUGACCUUGAAUCGAAAUUGAAGGUGCUAGGGCUGUGCUGGAAUCCCGCACGAGAUGAAUUUACAAUUCACGUUUCUCUUCCGCCAUGGGAAACCCCUACCAAACGGCGAAUUUUAUCCCUCGUUGCUCAUCUCUUCGACUCGCUUGGUUGGCUAGCACCGGUCAUCUUAAUUCCAAAGAUUCUUCUACAAGACUUGUGGAAGUUCAAAAUAGGUUGGGACGAGAGUCUUUCUGAAGAGCUUGCGUCACGUUGGCUCACCUUCUAUGAACAAUUACCAAACCUGAAUGACCUCUCGAUACCCCGAUGGUCAGGGUACGAAAAUGCCACACGAAAUAUUCAUCUGCACGGCUUUUGCGAUGCAUCGGAACACGCCUACGCGGCAGUAGUGUAUUUGGUAGUUGACACUCCGACUGGGCGACGCGCACAAUUAGUGCUCGCACAAACGAAGGUCACGCCAGUAAAAACUCUUACCAUCCCUCGUCUCGAAUUGUGUGCUGCAACACUGUUGAUGCGCUGUAUCAAGAGCACCCUGCAAUCACUUCCGUUGGAAGUCACCUCCAUUCAUUACUGGAGCGACUCUACCAUCGUUUUAUGUUGGUUACAGAAACCUCCCUCCACCUUUAAAAUUUUUUUCGCUAAUCGAAUCGCCGCGAUUCAAACUGAGCUGCCAAUAGAGUGUUGGAAGCAUCUUCCGUCCGAAGACAACACUGCAGACUGCGCCUCUCGCGGUCUCCUUUCCGUCAAGUUUUCGACCUUCACAUUGUGGUGGCAAGGUCCUUCCUGGCUAGUUUUGGAUCAUUCAUCAUGGCCGAAGCAGGACCACCCCGCGCACUAUCGAGAGCCAAUACAUCCCGCAACAAAACCAAUAACUGCCCAUCGUAGUCAAGUGCAAUGGGACUUGCCCGACCAAAAGGUCGUGAAACGCAAAUAUAAAAUUGUUAUACGCAGAAGUGUUGUCGACGCGUCCGAUCCGCGUGAUCGCCAGGAAGAGAAGAAGGAACCUAUGCAAUGUGCAUCGACACGAGCGCCAAAAAACAAAAGAACAACGCAAUAUCAUUAUUAA